GAAACUGGCACUUACUCCACAAUUGACUGCACUAGUGUACCCUGCGGGUUAUCCGGACCGAGACGUCUCUCAGUCGCCGAAUCAAUGAUAUUUCAAAAUUAGCGCGUGUUUAGCGCCAAUGUGGUAUGUAACGCUGUUAUUUAGCUUACCACGACGUUAACCAGAGAGAGGGAAACCCAUGAAUUGGUUGUUGGAGCACGACUGUGUGAGUAACGUAGACGGCUGCGACUCUACCGAGAUUUGAAUUUUACUGCCGCAGUACGUUUAUUCCCAGAACAUGGGUCUUCGCGAUAGGGAACUGUAUGUCCAGUGGACGCGAAUCCGUCAAAGGGCCAAAAGGAGAUGCCGGCGGGAAUGAGGCAAGACGAAGUUUAAAACUUGACUACAAUAACACAUCCAAUGCUAUCUCUGGCAGGUCAAAGUGAGGGGUCCUAUUAGGAAGCCGGAACCUGUUUCCAGAAGAAUUUGAAAAUGCGCACUGGAGCUAUGCCGUGUGGAGUUGGUAAUCAAUGAACAGUCAAUCAUACCCCCUCGCUCACAAACCUCUCCACGACGAUUUUAUGAGGCGCAUAAGUUCGCUGACUUCUAGUGCGUGCGGAGCAAUUCUGGAGCGAGAGUAAUCAAUCGCAUUGGGUUUGAUGAGUGGUUGUGGUGGGUGAUGCUGGUGAAGAAACUAUUCAAGCUUUUCAAGUGUCCGGUGCGCGAUUUGAGCCCGCAGGCAAAUCCAAUGUUCAAAUGAUUUGCUGCGAACUCCGUGGGGAGUAGACGAACAAUGUUCAUGUGAUUUGCGAGCCUUCUCUCUUCGACAUGCUGGGAUUGUGGCGUCGUAGCAUUAGUGCACAAUCCUGUGUGGAUUGCACUCUCGUUCUCGGGAAUUUAAUGCCCGUGUUGAGUUUGGUGUCGGCGAUGAUCUAUGGCCGAUUGCGUUAGGUCAAACUUCAGAGAGGUUUGUUGAUGAGGCCAAGAUUGGUGGACAGGUCGGAGUUUUCAGGUGUCUAGCUCUAGGGCGAGCGUCAGGCAGGUGUAGUCAAUCUUUGAAGCGCCAAACAGGGUUGGGCACACUCUGCUAUGAGCGAUGGUCUCUUUCUGUGUCUAUUCCAAGAGAUCGGAUCUAAGUUGCUGACUCUGAAGAGUUCUUUGUGUUCUGAGUUUGUCGUUAUCUUGGGGGUCCAAACGAAGUACUUGGAGGAUGCAACCUUUGAAGCAUGCGAUGUCGCCAGUUCCUGAUGGAGCGGGCGCUUCACCGGGCGAUGUUCAAUAUCCGAUGUUUCCGUCCCUGUCGAAUAUGCCAGCUACGAGAGUCACGUCACAUCCAUCCAACCUCGACGAGAACAUUCUGUUUAACCCACGCUCCACACUUGGGUCUGUGUCUGCGUCAAUCAUGGCUGCUUCGGCAAGUGAGCCAGCACGGAAGGCAGUGCCUCGCCAGCUUGACUUCACGUCUGCCUAUGGAAGUCCCUCCCAAUCUCCUCAUCGUUCGCCAAGCAUAAAGCAUAGUUCUCCACGGAGACCAGUAUCACGCUCCCGAUCAGCUUUGGAUGGCAAAGACGGAACCCCUAAAAAAUGCAAGCAAUGCAACUGCAAGAAUUCCCGUUGCUUGAAACUGUAUUGCGAAUGCUUUGCAUCUGGAACAUAUUGUGAUGGUUGCAACUGCGUUAACUGCUGCAACAACAGUGAACACGAGGUGGUUAGGCAAGAGGCUGUAGAGGCGACGUUGGAGCGGAAUCCAAAUGCAUUUCGCCCAAAGAUUGCUAAUAGUCCUCGUAUUCUCCAUGACGGGAAGGAAGAUGUCGUGGAUCGCAACGGAAGCGCAGCAAAACAUAAUAAAGGAUGUCAUUGUAAAAAGUCGGGAUGCUUGAAGAAGUAUUGCGAGUGCUAUCAAGCCAACAUACUAUGCUCAGAGAAUUGCAAAUGUGUAGACUGCCGAAACUUCAUCACUAGUGAUGAGAGACGUGCACUAUUUCCAGGUGAUCCUGCACUGGGCUUGAGCUUUGUGCAACGGCCUUCUGGAUGUGCGUCAGGGCACAUGUCGCCAUUGUCGAGGAAGCGGAAAACUCAGGAUGUGGAGUACAUCAUGCCAGGUUUACAGACAAAUAAGUCAAACCUUGUGAAGGUAGAAAACCAUGCUGCAACUACUCCAAAAAUGUCUAUAUACACUGCGUCUGCGGAACACAUUCCAGAGCCAAUGGUGAAAGUUGUUAACAGAUCUUUGCUGGCGGAUGUCCUGCACACAGAUGUCAUACAGGACCUCUGCAAACUUCUGGUCAUUGUAUCUGCGGAUGUCCAGCAUGAAGUAUCAGGGAUUCCAGCUGUGGACAAUGGAACAAACAAUGCCUCGACUGUGGACCCAACUAACACUGAGGAUUGUCCAUCUGGUAAGGAGCCUUCUGCGCCUGCUGCACCUGACAGACUCCAAGCAGAGAGCACUGGAACAACGAUGGCGGAAUAUGUGAGAAAUGAUCCAACAAGCACUCCACCAGUGGCUGCCGUCCGCACCGCACCAAGUCCUUCAAACCAGGCCUUGGAUGUCGUCGCAAAGAGGGAAGAAACACGUAAGGAAAGACCGAUGUCGCCGGGAACGCUCGCAUUAAUGUGCGAUGAGAAGGAUCCUUUGCUUACAGCUCCGUCUUCACCAGCACAUGAGAAUCAGCUGCACGUUGUCCAAGAGCGAGUCAUCUUGUCUGAAUUUCGGGACUGCUUACGAAGAAUCAUUUCAGUUGGAAACAGAAGAGCAUAUCAAUUAUCAACCGAAGCUUCUCAUGCCGAGAUGGUGUCUGCUUCGAAGCACCCCACUGGUCUCAGCACCCACACUCUAACUCCGUCGACACUCACCUUGCCGGGGCCUUCGAGCCUUGAUCUGCAACUCCAAAGCACACCCUACAAUGCCAAGUUGCGAAUCUAGCAUUCAUCCAGGAUUCUUUGGUUGCUUUUUGGCCCCGAGUUAUCUGCCCAUUUCUGCUUGCUCUCAGCAUUUGGCCGGACGGGCUUCGAUCGUGACACAGUCGCUGGUUGCCGCUGACUUCCUACGACGAGGCCUACUCGCGGAAACUUUUGUAACUUACCAGACAUGUGACUCACUCAUUCACAGUCGGUACAGGAGCACGUUUUGGUGAGGAGGGGAGUGUUUAGGAUCCGUGGCUCUUCCACGUUUGGCAUUGCGAUUCUCCAUUUCUGGGUGCCGGUAGUCCACCCCACAUGGGUCCUUCGCAUUGGAUCAUAUCAAACGCUGAGCUUGUCCCACUUAGAGAUCGUUGCCGAAACAUCAUCGUAUCACUUCCCCUCUGCAAAUCCUCGGAUGCUGUUCUUGAUUCAAGACUGGUCUGCAAUUAUUCACACAAUUGAUCAUCACAAGUUCGUUAUUUCGUUCAGUUAUUUUUUCUUCGUCUCUCUUGUACUUCCACCCCAAGGAAAGAAAGAAAAGAAGAGGGACUGGAGGCGACAACCACCUCAAGUACAUUUAUAAGAGGAGCAACAAACGACAAAGGAAUCGUAGGGUACUUACAAUGCAUUUGCAAGUUUAUUGCAUUACGUUUGUUUUCUAAUUUGUGAAGUCGACAUGCGUGAAGUAUGUUUCAUGCAUUUGGAAAAUAUAAUAUUUUGCUAAAUGGAUUCAACAAUUGUUCAGUCGAAAAACACUUUAAACUCCAAGUUAAAUAGCCCUCUGUUGACCCUA